AUGGAUCCUAAAAACGUACUCGACGAAGCUGAGAUUAGAGGCAUACUCAUCCGUGAGCGGUUUUAUAGAGAUACAAGCCAAUGGAAGAAAAUGAGGAAAUGCUACCACGCCAACGCCUCAUCGACACUGAUUGAUAUAUCCUGGUACCGAGGUGAUAUCGAUGGCUUUAUUCGCGAGUCAGAAAAGAUGGCUGAACACGGGACUGUGGCGAUACACACCAUUCAGCCCGUAGAUAUCGCCGUUAAGGGUUCCAAAGCGUUUGCUCAAUCGAUCGGAACAAUUUCCACCAGAAUCCAGAAAGACGACACAGCCUACGACUUGGUGGCACACUGUCGCCUUCUAUCUCGACUUCAGCAGGUAGACGCGACUGUGGUAUCACUCUCUAGCUGGAAGAUGUUGUCUAUCGAAAUGGUCUAUGUGCAAGACCAAAUCAUCCCGAUCGUUCCAGCCGCGAUCUCUGAGCAACCGGGGUUUCUGGAGUCAGUCGCUAGCAAGCGGAAGAGCUACCGAUUUCUGUCGUGGGCGAUGGAACAGAAAGGAUAUAAGAUCAAUAAUGAGCUACCGGGCACUGACCUCUGUGGAAGUGUGAAAGAACUUUUGGACAGGAACGAAGCAUGGAUCCUUUCCUAG